GCUCCAGGAAGGAAAAGGCGGAGCCACAGGCUGCUCUCCUCAAGUACCACCAGCCUCCUCUGUCAGUUGCUCUUCAGAGACCGUGGACAACAAAAUGAUGGUUUCUAUCUGUGAACAGAAGCUGCAGCACUUCAGUGCUGUCUUCCUGCUCAUCCUCUGCUUGGGAAUGAUGUCAGCUGCUCCACCCCCUGAUCCAAGUUUGGAUAAUGAGUGGAAAGAAUGGAAGACGAAAUUUGCAAAAGCCUACAAUCUGAAUGAAGAAAGACACAGAAGACUCGUGUGGGAGGAGAAUAAGAAGAAAAUUGAGGCACACAAUGCAGACUAUGAGCAGGGCAAGACCAGCUUCUACAUGGGCCUGAAUCAAUUUAGUGACUUGACUCCAGAAGAAUUCAAGACAAAUUGCUAUGGAAACUCACUGAAUAGAGGAGAAAUGGCUCCUGAUUUGCCUGAAUAUGAAGAUUUGGGAAAGAACAGCUAUCUGACACCUGGAAGGGCUCAGCCAGAGUAACAGCUGUGGCUUGACUGGUAACAAUAGCAUAGGCUAGAAGUGAAGCAAGCACUCUGCCAUUGCCUUGGAAGUCUUCUGUCUCCUGGUAUGAGAGGAAUGAUGCUGGAGAGGCUCAACAGCAGGAGGCAUCCCAUCACAGCUUCCAGCACCUGCUUUGUGUAGUGUAACAUUGAAUUCAUGUAAGAUUAACACUGUGGUGUAAACUCUGAGGCACAUUCAUGCAAUAAAACUACUAGUUUUGGCAGUCUCUAGAUGGUCCAUCCUUUCGUCUCAGCUCCAAACUUUGUCUCUGAAACUCCUUCCAUGGAUGUUUUGUUCCCAAUUCUAAGAAGGGGCAUAGUGUUCACAUUUUGUUCUUCGUUCUUCUUGAGUUUCAUAUGUUUUGCAAAUUGUAUCUUGUAUCUUGGGUAGUCUAAGUUUCUGGGCUAAUAUCCUCUUAUCAGUGAGUACAUAUCAUGUGAGUUCUUUGGCCUGGCAAACACAGAAGUGGAUGCUCACAGUUAGGUAUUGGAUGGAACACAGGGCCCCCAAUGGAGGAGCUAGAGAAAGUACCCAAGGAGCUAAAGGGGUCUGCAACCCUAUAGGUGGAACAACAAUAUGAACUAACCAGUACCCCCGGAGCUCAUGUCUCUAGCUGCAUAUCUAUCAGAAGAUGGCCUAGUCGGCCAUCAUUGAGAAGAGAGGUCCCUUGGUCUUACAAACUUUAUAUGCCUCAGUACAGGGGGAUGCCAGGGCCAAGAAGUGGGACUGGGUGGGUAGGGGAGUCGCGGGGGAGGGCCUGGGGAACUUUUGGGAUAGCAUUUGUAAUGUAAAUGAAGAAAAUACCUAAUUUAAAAAUAAAUAAAUAAACUACCAGUUUUUGCCC